GCUGAGUGACAAAAUGGCAAAGGAAUGUUGGUGCAAGAACCCGACUUUAUGAUGUGUUUUCGUGAAAUUCCUAACACAAUCGUGCCGUUUUUCCCAAAAAUAUGUUAACAAGAAAGAAUUUAACUUAAAGUGCUUGGUGCGACUCGAUGCGUGAGUGCGUUCAAGUCCCGUUUGCCAUGUUUCUUUUCCAAUUAUGAACCAUAUACUUUUAACAAUAGGUUGAGCCGCCUCGUCUCCACGAAGACAUGUAAAGUAUCGUCCGCUCACCAUAAGCAAGACAAGAUGGUUUGGCAAGCUAGCGUCCUCGUCAACGGCCUAAUCCUCCUCACGUUCAGCCUACACAGUUUCGUGACGGCAACGAUCCCGAGCAGCGCCAAGUUCUACACCAUCCACUGGAACUCGUCGAACCCCAUUUUUCGCAUCGACAACACCGACAACAUCAUCGACGUGAAUCGCUACAACCUCAAGUUCGAGUACGACCAGGUCAACCUGAUCUGCCCGGUGUACGUGCCGGGCACCCGCGACGAGGAGAUGGAGAAGUACAUCAUCUACAACGUCAGCAAGGACGAGUACGAGACCUGCCGCAUCACGAACCCCAACCCGCGGAUCAUCGCCGUCUGCGACAAGCCCUACAAGCUGAUGUACUUCACGAUCACUUUCAGGCCGUUCACGCCCCAGCCGGGCGGGCUGGAGUUCCUGCCCGGCCACGACUACUACUUCAUCUCGACGUCGACGAGCGACGACCUCCACCGGCGGAUCGGCGGCCGGUGCACCACGCACAACAUGAAGAUCGUCUUCAAGGUGUGGGGCCCCACGCAGACGACGUCGGCGCCGACGCCGGCGACAGCGUCCCGAUGGUGGCCGGUCACGUCGCCGCGCACCACCACGACGUCGACGACGACGACAACGACGACGCCGCCGCCGACGACGACGAAGAAGGCCAAGACGUACAACAAGCAUCCCAACGAAGUGAUGAAGAGCGAGGAACUCACGCUGGGCGCCGCCCCCGCCCCGCGAAGUGUGUGCGCGUUGGUGGCGUUGUGCGCGGUCACGGUGGUGUUCGCGAUGCGAUGAAAAUGUUACGGAUGUCUAUAAGAUUUAACAGAUAAAAGAACGUUACGUGUCCCCCUGUGUGUACUGUCACAUACGACCUAAAACUAUCCUAAUUUUAUAUAAAUAUUGGUAACUAUUAGGCGAUUAAGAUAAAUUAUUGUUCCCACUUCUGAUUUUCGCUCGGCGGUUUUCUCGCGACGGCGGAGGGGGUGGAUUAGGAGGGGGGAGGGUGCGUGCGGGGGCUAUAUUUUUGUGAUGGGUUUUUGAUGGAUAUCGGUACGGAUGGUAUUUUUGUAGAGCGAAAUUUUACCAUGGGCGGGGAAGGGGUGGACGCGGCAGCUCGCAGGUGUGGAGGUCCGGGGGUUGCAGGUAGCACUUGUCAAAAAAAAGGGAUGAUAAAAAUUUUAGGCACAAUUUGAUUUGAUUUUUUUUAUAUAUUUUAUGCACAAGUUGUUUUAUAGCUCUGGAAUGGUUGACUUUAAGAGUGUGCGACAAGGAUAGAACGUUAUAUUUUGAAAAUACUAAGUAUUAAUUUCAGGAAAAUUGCUUAAAAUUUGUGUUUUUAAAAUGUCUCAGUAUUAUAUAGUCUGUUUCUAGUCUAAUUAGAUACUAUGAGAUUAAAAAAAACACAUAUGAUGAUUUGGUAUUUCGGAAAGAUAUAAAAAAGUCGUCUAGUAAGCUAUGAUAUGCAUAUAUAUAUAUAUUUUUAAUAAUGACGUUGGCAGUGCCACUUUAUUCGACAGUUAUUUGACCGUAAAUGUCAGAUGUAAAUGUAGUCAGUAUAAUUUUUUAACGUAAAAUUUCAAAGGUUGCUACACGACUUUUUUUCGAUCAGAUGGUGAAAAUUUUAGUAGCAGUUUUCCAUAUCUCUCUCUAUAUUGAAUAAUUAUCUUUUUAUACCAAAGAUUCGUGGCGAUUUUAAAAUUAUUUGGUUAAAUAUUCACAAGAGUACAGUUUAUUUUUUGUUCAUACUUUCAAAAUGAAACGAUUAAAAAGAAAAGAGAAGGUAAAUGAAAAAAAUAACAAGAACGAUACAGCUUAAGUCCGUUUGCUGUCAGAAUCGUGAACCCGACUUAACCCCAAAAGUUUCUUUUGUCGACCUGAAGAUGCUAUUAACGCGAAACAUGUUGCUGACAUUAAUUAUGCACUCUUAAGAUUGUUACAUUUAUUGCGUAAUUAUAUCCUGACAUCAGAUGCGUAAUUCGUUCUUUAAAAAUAAUACUUAUGUAAUAUAGAAAUCGACAAGUUCCGAUUUAUGUAUUGGAAAGCUAUGAAGUGUGGAAAUUCUUCAAUAUCAAAAGGAUUUCCUGCGAAAUUAACUCUUAAGUAGCUCGUCCAUUAAAAUUUUAGAUUUUUAGGGCCUAAUUCAUAUUUUUGGGAUUUUCUCCAUCCGUCUAUGUAAUUUUAUCAAGUUGACUGCAAUCCACGAAAAAAGGCUAAAAAAGUCACUAUUCAUUUAUUAGAACAAAGCUCAAAGAAUAAAAACGUUUCAGACUUGAAUUCUUCAUGUGCUCUAAAAUGUUUUUUAGUGUGUUUAUUUUUUCAAGGUUCUGGGAAUUUAAAGACAUGUUGCAAUUAAAGCCAUUAACACAUUUACUGCUGUUCUCACAAAAUGUCCAAUUGUCUUUCGUAAAUCAUUAGUUGCUAAAUUAGAGAUUAAACAUUUAUUUCUAAGCUUUAACUUUGACGAGAUUAGUUUGUGUAUAUUUUAUUAGGAUCACUAUUGUCUUAAAUACUCGUUUGGUGUACAAUUAAUUUUAAUAUACGUCCAAUCAAGCGUGCUAUGUCCACAAAUUGACGUUUCUCGUAAUCGUAACCCAACUUUUCUGACAAGUGCCACCGUUGCGACGAUUUGUUCAUAGCCAAUGUGGAUACUUUUUUUGUUUUGUUUUUUUACCGUUUUACCUUCGCGGGCCCUACACAUGAACUGACAAUAGUAAACGGCGAUCGUUUUUCUAGUGUUGUUGAGACCUCCCCCACCAACGAACACAUCAAACUCCACGUGCUAAGCCCCGCUUUAAUAAUUCACCUAAUCCAUGAAAUCCCCGAUCCAGCCAUCCAGUCCUCGAAUUUAUUGUGUAUAUUUUAGUAAUCUCCUAAACCGCCGACUGAAACCUGACAAUAUUUUCAUUCGAUUCGUUUAUUUUUAACAUGAAUUGGUGGUGUACAGUUUUUUAUAUGUUGGUGUAGACACUGAAGAUAAUAAAUAAUAAAUGCGCAAGCGCAUUGUGACCAAUUCAACGGACUAAAGCAGAAAAAAUUGUGUAAAUGUUAUAUUUUUCGGUCAGUUGAUUAUUUCGUAGAUUAUAAACAGUGUUGAACAUUUCAAAUAACGGCGUAUUUGUAUAACUGUGAAGACUGACGAUAGUUUUUAUUGUGUUAUAUAUAAAGUAUUAAUAUCUUACUAGUAUAAUCCUGGCGUUUUUAGUCGACACAUCACGUACUUACGUUUUAAAUGGUUGUGAUUAUUUUGAUCUGUGUAAUUCAUUUUAGUGCCAGUUACACUGAAACACUAUUUAUUUAUUUAUUCUUGUGUAUACAUACGGUAGAUCUGCACUGUUUAGAUGGUAGCUCUAAAACUAUACAGGGUGUUCCUGAAUUAACACUUUGGAUGGCCCAUCCAAGUCAAUUAUUCAUGACAUUGUGCAAUACGCUCGCAAAUACUCAUCAUCUUCUCUUGCCAUUUUUUUUUUUGUUUAAUUAGACUAGCUUUAAACACUUCCACGGUACUAAAAACGCCAGUUUGAAAAUGAUUUGUGUCUAGAGAAGUAGUUUUACGAUAUUGUAAUCAGAUGUACUUUUAAUUGCAAGCCAUAGUGAUAAAUAUUUAACUUAUAAAAGACGAAAAUGAUCAACUAUAGCAAAGGUUACUACUAUUCGUUAUAAUUUAAGUUUUUUUACAUGCGUAUUUAUUGGAAGAUUUUGUCAUUUUUGCAACAUACCUACACGGAACGGACGCUUUUGCUCGAUCCGUUAUUUUCGACUCGAAUGUUCUCAUUGAAAUGCCUCUGUAUAUAUUUGUAAUUGGUUUUAAUAUACGAAAUUUUGUGUUACAUUUUAAUAGGUGAACACACUGUAUGUAUUACGAUUGUAAAAUGCACUCUCUAUAUAUACAUAAUUAUAUAAAUAUACAUACAUGCCAUUUU